AAUGAGAAUCGCUUGCAAAUGUAGCCUCUCUCUUAUUAUAAAAUAUACUCUUAUUUUUGUAUCACUCAAAAUCAGAAGAUUCCACUCUCUUGUUUUACUAUUUUUAUAACUACUCAUUUUAUUGAAAUGGACACUCAUUGAUCUACAAUGAAAAGCACUUUGGAAUGGUCAAAGAGACAAAAUGCCAAGAAGUUCCGAUAUGCUUUCCUCUGCAUACGUGAAAUUUGCGGAUAUUCAUUUGGAAUUUAAAGACGGAAUAACUCUUUAAAGUGAAAGAAGGAUAGGCUACUGCGUUUUAGUGCGAUGAGCUGAGAGCGACAAUUCCAGAAAUGUAUGAGGACAAUCGCAAAAGUAAUGGCCGGAACGGGUACACCAAAACAGACGAAGGAGAGGAUGGCGAAGGAGAGGGAGAGGAGGAGGAGGAGGAGGAGGGUGGAGAGGGGGAUGAGGGAGGGGAAAAGAAAGACAUGGAGUGGGAGGAAGGGAAUGAGAUGGAUGAGGAGAACGGAGGGAUGAGGAUGACCAGGACGGACACCCUCUACUCCACCACCAGCUCCACGGCCACGCAGAGGAAGAAGAGCCAGCACGCCAAGAAGCAGGUGCAGGGCAGCAACCAGGUGCAGCGGGCCCCCCGGGCUCUCUACUGCCUCAAGCUCAACAACCCCAUACGCAGGGCAGCCCUCUCCAUCGUAGAGUGGAAACCCUUUGACAUCUUCAUCCUGAUUGCCAUCUUUGCUAACUGCGUGGCGUUGGGCGUGUCCAAACCCUUUCCAGAGGACGACUCCAACUCCACCAACCAUGACCUGGAACAAGUGGAGUACGUGUUCCUGAUCAUCUUCACCAUCGAGACGUUCCUGAAGAUCCUGGCCUACGGACUGGUCAUGCAUCCCAGCUCCUACAUACGCAACGGAUGGAACUUACUGGACUUUGUCAUCGUCAUCGUGGGGCUGUUCAGCGUGGUGCUGGAGACCAUGACCCACAAGCCCCACGGAGAGGCCGCCUCCACACACCACGUGCCGGGGAAGCCCGGGGGCCUGGACGUCAAAGCCCUCAGAGCCUUCAGAGUCCUCAGGCCCCUGCGCUUGGUCUCCGGUGUGCCCAGUCUUCAGAUUGUGCUGAACUCCAUCAUGAAGGCCAUGGUCCCUCUGCUCCACAUCGCUCUGCUCGUCCUCUUCGUCAUCAUCAUCUACGCCAUCAUCGGCCUGGAGCUCUUCAUCGGCAGGAUGCACAAGACCUGCUACUAUUUUGGCACUGAGAACUACGUGGAGGAUGACCCGGUGCCGUGUGCGUUUGUGGGGCACGGGCGUCAGUGUGCCGUGAACGGGACCGAGUGUAAAGGCCGCUGGGCGGGGCCUAACGGAGGCAUCACCAACUUUGACAACUUCUUCUUCGCCAUGCUGACGGUGUUCCAGUGUAUCACCAUGGAGGGCUGGACGGACGUGCUCUACUGGAUGAAUGAUGCUAUAGGAUUUGAGCUGCCCUGGGUCUAUUUUGUCAGUCUGGUGAUCUUUGGCUCCUUCUUUGUCCUCAACCUGGUUCUGGGAGUGUUGAGCGGAGAGUUCUCCAAGGAGAGAGAGAAGGCCAAGGCUCGUGGAGACUUCCAGAAGCUGCGUGAGAAGCAGCAGCUUGAGGAGGACCUGUCCGGCUACAUGGACUGGAUCACCCAGGCCGAGGACAUCGACGAGUUCGACGAGGACGGAAACAAACGUCCCACCCUGGGCGAUCUUUCGGACAAGAAGAGAGGGAAAUUUGGAUGGUUCAGUCACUCCAACGAAACCCACGCGAGUCUUCCAGCCAGUGAGAAUGGCUCUGAAACAACUGAGAACAUUGAGGAGGAACACACUGACUGCUGUACCACCUGCUGCACAGCCAUCAUGAAGACCAGCUGCUGUCGGACGGUGAAAAGGUGGAACCGAGUGUUCCGGAGGAACUGUCGCACAGCUGUGAAGUCGGUGACGUUCUAUUGGCUCGUUCUGCUGCUGGUGUUUCUCAAUACCAGCCUGAGUGCCUCUGAACACUACAACCAACCUGAGUGGCUCACUGAAGUGCAGGACAUUGCCAACAAGGUGCUUCUGUCUCUGUUCACGGUGGAGAUGCUGCUGAAGAUGUAUGCUCUGGGCCACCAGGGGUACUUUAAGGCGUUCUUCAACCGCUUCGACUGCUUCGUGGUGUGCGGAGGCAUCAUGGAGACCAUCCUGGUGGAGCUGGAGAUCAUGCCGCCUCUCGGCAUCUCCGUGCUGCGCUGCGUGCGACUGCUCAGGAUCUUCAAAGUGACACGUCAUUGGACGGCCCUGUCCAACCUGGUGGCCUCGCUGCUCAACUCCAUGAAGUCCAUCGCCUCUCUGCUGCUGCUCCUCUUCCUCUUCCUCAUCAUCUUCGCUCUGCUCGGCAUGCAGCUCUUCGGAGGCAAGUUCAACUUCGACGAGACGCAGACCAAGAGGAGCACCUUCGACACCUUCCCCCAGGCCCUGCUCACAUGCUUCCAGAUCCUGACAGGAGAAGACUGGAACAUGGUGAUGUAUGACGGCAUCAUGGCGUACGGAGGCCCAGUGUUCCCUGGGAUGAUCGUCUGCAUCUACUUUGUCAUCCUCUUCAUCUGUGGCAACUAUAUCCUGCUAAAUGUCUUCUUGGCUAUCGCUGUGGACAACCUGGCAGGAGGAGACGGGGAUGACAAGAAGAAAGAGGAGAAGAAGGAAGCGGUGGAGGGUGAGGGAGAGGCAGAGGUGAAGGUGGACGUGGAUGAAGACACUGAGUAUGAGGAGGAGGAGAUACUACCACAGGUAGAAGGAGAGGAGACAGUUGGUAUCCAACUGAAUGUGGCAGACUUCACCCCUCCUAAGGAGAAGGUCACACCCAUCCCUGAAGGCAGCGCCUUCUUUUGCCUCAGCAAGACCAACCCGAUCCGUCGGGGCUGCCACUUCCUGAUCCACCACCACAUCUUUACCAACCUCAUCCUCGUCUUCAUCAUCCUCAGCAGCUGCUCAUUGGCUGCUGAGGACCCAAUCAGAGCUCACUCCUUCAGGAACAAUGUUCUGGGCUACGCUGACUAUGCAUUUACCUCAAUCUUCACUGUGGAGAUUAUGCUUAAGAUGAUUGUCCACGGAGCGUUCCUCCACCCAGGCUCAUUCUGCAGGAACUGGUUCAACCUUCUGGACCUGCUGGUGGUCAGCGUCUCUCUGGUCUCCUUCUUCCUGCAUUCAAGUGCCAUUUCCGUUGUGAAGAUUCUCAGGGUACUCAGAGUUCUAAGGCCUCUUCGAGCCAUCAACAGAGCCAAGGGUCUGAAGCAUGUGGUCCAGUGUGUAUUUGUGGCUAUCAAGACCAUUGGCAACAUUAUGAUCGUCACCACACUGCUGCAGUUCAUGUUCGCCUGCAUAGGAGUGCAGCUCUUCAAGGGCAAAUUCUACCGCUGCACAGACGAGGCCAAGCACACUCCUGACCAGUGCAAGGGCACCUUUGUGGUAUAUAAGGAUGGAGAUGUGACUCAUCCCAUGGUGAGAGAGAGGAUCUGGCACAACAGUGACUUCAACUUUGACAACGUCCUCAUGGGGAUGAUGGCUCUGUUCACCGUCUCCACCUUCGAAGGAUGGCCUGCUCUGCUGUACAAGGCAAUUGAUGCCAAUGGGGAGAACCACGGUCCCAUCUACAACAAUCGAGUGGAGAUCUCCAUCUUCUUCAUCGUUUACAUCAUCAUCAUCGCCUUUUUCAUGAUGAACAUCUUUGUGGGUUUUGUCAUCAUCACGUUCCGGGAGCAAGGAGAACAGGAGUACAAGAACUGUGAGCUGGACAAGAACCAGCGCCAGUGUGUGGAGUAUGCUCUGAAAGCCCAGCCCCUGAAGCUGUACAUUCCUAAGAACCCAGUCCAGUACAAGUUCUGGUCCAUCAUCAACUCCACUCCCUUUGAAUACGUCAUGUUCGUCCUCAUCCUCCUCAACACGGUCACGUUGGCUGUGCAGCACUAUGAGCAGUCGAAGACGUUCAGCCAUGUGAUGGACAUCCUGAACAUGGUGUUCACUGGGCUGUUCACUGUGGAGAUGCUCCUUAAGCUCCUGGCUCUCAGGAUCAGGCACUAUUUCGUCGAUGCCUGGAACUCUUUUGAUGCUCUGAUUGUGGUGGGCAGUGUGGUGGACAUCGUAGUCACAGAGUUCAGCAGUGGAGAGGACAGCUCCAGAGUGUCAAUCACCUUCUUUCGUCUGUUUCGAGUGAUGCGAUUGGUCAAACUUCUUAGCAAGGGGGAGGGAAUUCGCACUCUCCUAUGGACCUUUGUGAAAUCACUCCAGGCCCUACCCUAUGUAGCACUGCUUAUCGCUAUGAUCUUCUUCAUCUAUGCUGUCAUUGGCAUGCAGACAUUCGGGAAGGUAGCCAUGCAGGACUACACUCAGAUCAACCGGAACAACAACUUCCAAACCUUUCCACAAGCUGUGCUGCUGCUCUUUAGGUGUGCGACGGGUGAGGCGUGGCAGGAGAUCAUGCUAGCCAGUCUGCCUGGUAAGAGGUGUGACCCAGAGUCUGACUACCUUCCCGGAGAGGAGUUCACCUGCGGAAGCAACUUUGCUAUCGUCUACUUCAUCAGCUUCUUCAUGCUGUGUGCAUUCUUGAUCAUCAAUCUGUUUGUGGCUGUCAUCAUGGACAACUUUGACUACUUGACCCGUGAUUGGUCUAUUCUGGGGCCACAUCACCUGGACGAAUUCAAGAGGAUCUGGUCUGAGUACGACCCAGAGGCCAAGGGUAGGAUCAAGCACCUGGACGUGGUAGCUCUCCUCAGGAGGAUCCAGCCCCCCCUGGGCUUCGGCAAGCUCUGCCCCCACAGAGUGGCCUGCAAGAGAUUGGUAGCUAUGAAUAUGCCCUUGAACAGUGACGGUACAGUGACUUUCAACGCCACUCUCUUUGCCCUCGUCAGAACCGCCCUCAAGAUCAAAACUGACGGUAACCCAGACCAGGAGAACGAGGAGCUGAGGGUGAUCAUCAAGAAGAUCUGGAAGAGGAUGAAACCCAAGAUCCUAGAUGAGGUCAUACCUCAACACGAGGAGGAGGAGGUGACUGUGGGGAAGUUCUAUGCUACCUUCUUGAUCCAGGACUACUUCAGGAAGUUCAGGAAGAGGAAGGAGAAGGAUGGGGUGGGGGUGGGGGAACCCGACCCCAACAACCCCUCUGCUCUACAGCUGUGUCAAGCGGGGCUGCGGACCCUGCAGGACCUGGGGCCAGAGAUGAGGCAGGCCAUGCACUGCGACCUGGACGAGGAGGAGGAGGAAGAGGAGGGGCUGGAGGAGGACGUGGAAGAGGAUGACGCCAGAUAUAAGAAUGACAACGGCUAUGGCCCUGAAUCUUCCAAAGACAGGCGGAGCUCCAUGGUGACCACGCCCACAGGAGGCGGCGGUCAGAUGCCUGGGGAGAGCCUGUCUAACGGGGGGCUGAGCCACCGCGCCUCCCUGUGCAAGACACCCAAUGGGGGGGGUCUGCUGGAGCAGGACGAGCUCAGGAGGGGGGAGGACCACCGGGGCUCCAUCAGCCACCAUCACAGACACCCCUCCAUCAAGAACGCGGUGGUGGAGCAUGCUCCCAAAAGGUCGUCCUACUACAAGCACAGCAGGCGGGACUCCCGAGACAGGUCCUCUCCCGUGUCCCGGGGGCGUAACGGGGGGCUGGACGGGGAGGAGGCCUACCCUGGGGAGCAGGGCUACUACAGCCGUGACGAGGACAACGACAGCAUCACAUCCCGAGACAGACAUGGUUACCCUGACGACCUCUACCGAGAACACCUGUAUGACACUCCCCGAGACAGUAACUACGGCAACGGCUACAAUGACGGCCGCAGGAUGGCCAGAAGACGCCUACUUCCUGCCACGCCUACAGGGCGCAAGCCUUCCUUCAACAUCCAGUGUCUGAGGAGACAGGGGAGCAGUGAUGACCUCCCCAUACCUGGUACCUACCACCAGAACUCUCCCCCCUGCCGGGCUCGCACCCAGGUAGAUGCUCAGACGUACGGGAGUUACGACUCUCGCCGCAGCAGCAGUCGUUCCUCCACCGGCUCCUCGGCCUCCUGGGCCAACCCCUGCCCCCGGCGUGGACGCCUCCUCUACGCCCCCCUCAUCCUGGUGGAGGAGGAGGGCGGGCCAGGGGCUGGUGGGGGCAUGUGGGGGGAAAAGAACGCUGGGGGCCCCAGCGGAGGAGAUGGUGGGCCCCCCAGGCCUGGCUGGUACGCGGCCCCCCCUGGAGCCUCUGGCCCCCAGCCCCCCUACAGGGCAUACACCACCCUGAGGGUGCCCUCCAAGCUCAGUUCUCACUACAGCGACAAGAGGGGCAGUGCCGACAGCCUGGUGGAGGCGGUGCUGAUCUCAGAGGGACUGGGCCUAUACGCCAAGGACCCCAAGUUUGUGGCCUUCGCCAAACGGGAGAUCGCCGAUGCAUGUAACAUGACCAUCGACGAGAUGGAGAGCGCUGCCAGCGACCUCCUCAGCCGGGGCAGCGGAGGGAGUGGCACCGGGGGUAGCUUCCUCAACAACCCCGACCUGGGAACACUCUACAGCGACGAGGAACCAAUGAGGACUGGCCGUGACGAGGAGGACCUGGCAGAUGAGAUGACCUGCGUGACAUCAUUCUGAUCUGGACCAAUCACAUCAGAGCAGGAGAGAGAACCUGGAGGGAGACGUGGAGAAAGGAGAAGCUGGCCAACCUGGUAUCUCCAGACUGAGGAGGAGACAGGACUGGCCACAAGGCCUCAAAGCUUCACACUGGCCCUGGAACGUCAGCUGCAAAAGAGAGAGGAGGGAGACAGGGAGAGAGAGAGAGAGAGAGAGAGAGAGAGAGAGAGAGAGAGAGAGAGAGAGAGAGAGAGAGAGAGCUGGGAAAGAGACAAGGGGGAUCAAAGAGAGAGAAGAAAUGUAGAAUAGUGUUUGGAGCAGAUCGAAGCUGUGUGAUGGGCAUUAGAGAGGAGGUCUAAUGAAGAGUUUGACAUGAUGGUGGGCGACCGGAUAGGGAGGGAGAUGGAGAUUAAAAACAGCAGGAUAUAAUGGGUGUUAGAGAGAGAGAGAGAGAGAGAGAGAGAGAGAGAGAGAGAGAGAGAGAGAGAGAGAGAGAGAAGAGGCAUGUAGAAGAAAUAAUAACACCAAGAAAGAGAGAGGGAUGGAGAGAGGGAGAGGAAACGAGAGAAAGAAAGGAAAAGAGGCGGGUGGAGAUAAAUAUAACAAAACGCAGAGAAUGUGGGACCUGUGUGUGUUUGAAAAACAAAGAUGGACACAGACACUGGAGGCAUGAGUCAUUGCUUGUCGCUAUGGCGACUCGGCAUGUUGCCAGCUCACAAACACAUUUGCAUCAAAUAGUGUUGUUUCUUAUUCAUAAUUAUGAUAACUUGUUAAGUAUGAACUUCUUAGAAUGUUUUUACUGCAGCGUCAUGUUGUACAUGGACAGAAUUUGUUUGAUAAACCUUUUAUUGUGUCUCUUAUUUCACAUUUUUUAUUUUAUAGGAAAGAAAAAUGUGUAAGGACACUUACUCCUUGUGUAACACAAAGAAAUGUUGAGCUUCUUUUUUCAUGCUUCGUAUUUUUGCUGAUAUGAAC